GCCGGCCGGUGCCUCGUAUUGGUUUCGACUAGACACUGAAGAGAACCAGGACCAGGACAUGGUAUUGCCUGAUACAUGGUGGCAGCAUCACUCCUAUAAGAUUUGCUGGUUUCCGCUUUCUUCUGUAUUACCAGAAAUCUCAUCUCAUUCCCAUUUCAGCAUCACUGACAUUCGCUGCGUCUCAUCGGCGCCGGACUCUCGUUGAACGACAUCGCCAACAACAUCACUAGUCACCAAGAUCAACACCUAAUACAAUACCACAACCAUGCGUUCCACCCUCAUCCUCCUCGCCGCAGCAAUUGCCGCUGUCUACGCCGAAGAAGACUGUCAAGAAACCUACAAAAAAUGCAUCGCAGCAGGCACAGCCGAAGUAGUCUGCCAAUGCGACCUCACAACCUGCAGCGGUGAAGACGCCGCUCGUAUCCGUGAUUUCUGCGCAACAGCGACCGCAGGCCUCACGAAACCCACCUCAACAACUCCUCCACCAUCCGGCACAACUUCCAUCUUCUCCGGCACAAUCAUCCAACCUCCAGGCGUAACCCAAAUCAACGCCCCAGCAGGUUCAAUUCCUUUGGGAAAACCAUGCGGAGCCUCGGAACAAUGCGUCAAUGGAGCGCAAUGUUGGGCGAUUACGAAUCUGAGUAUUCGUGUUUGCGGAAACUUUCAAGCGAGUUGUACUUCGGAUAGUCAAUGCGCGUACAACAGCUGCAAUGGUGGUCUUUGCAAUGGGUUCCUGGCAUCGUCUGAUUACCCUGCCAACAAGCAGACUUCUACUGGUACGGUGUCCGCUUCUGGCGCAGCGACUUCCGCUCCAGCUUCUUCGAGCGCUGCUUUGACUUAUGCUAUUGGAUCGCCAACUUCUGGAAAUGCUCCUCCGGUUUAUCAGCCUGCUCCUACUGCAACUGCAAGCCUUGUUCCUGUCAUCGGUGGCGGCAAUGGUACGAAUGCCACUACGCCUGGUUCGGGCCCGACUCCGUACACUGGAGGUGCGGCUCCAGAGUCCGCUUUCGCUGGGUUCGCGGCUGUUGUCGCUGGUAUUGCUGCUUGGGUCAUGUAAAUAUACUCUAUCAGCGCGGAUAUAACUAUAUAAUGUUAGAGCGACUUGUACAAGAGAUACCCUAUUCAUUGAAUGAAUUGAAGCGAAGAUAAGAUUCUUCCAUUUAGUUUUCGGAACAUGCAUCGAGUUGAAUCAAAUCAGUCAUUUGACAGAUCAGUUCAACAUCAACUGUAAUCAUGAUCAAUGACUUCGGUGCCUCU